CAGGAGCGCCAGUUGGCAGCUGCUGCUCCGUGUGACUGAACAGAAGAAGAAGGCUGAGCCCAAUGGCGUUGACCGGUCCAGAGUAAUGAGCCUGCGAUACAUAACUCAUAGAGAAUAACUCUUCAAGUCCCUUAAGAUAUCGAUAGUGACAGUAGCUAAGAUGUUGAUCACUUUGAAAACCCUUCAACAGCAGUCUUUUAAAAUUGACAUCGACGAGGAGGAAACGGUAAAGACAUUAAAAGAAAAGAUUGAACAUGAGAAGGGGAAGGACAGUUUUCCAGUCAACGGACAGAAACUAAUAUACGCUGGUAAAAUCCUCAGCGAUGACUCGCCGAUCAAGGAAUACAAAAUCGAUGAUAAGAGUUUUGUCGUCGUCAUGGUGACGAAGCCUAAAGCAGCCCCAUCGGCCGUGGAUCCCCCGGCCGCCCCGGUGCCCUCGGCGCCAGCCCCAGGGGAGACGCCAUCUGCGGCCGGCCCUGCAGAGCAGGCCCCCCCAGCAGAGAAGCCUGCAGCAGAAGAGGCCGCCGCCCCGGCGACGGUGGAGCCAUCUGCCACUUCCAACAGAACCAGUGAGGCUGCUACGGACACAAAUCUAUUUGAUGAAGCGAUUUCAGCACUGGUGACGGGUCAGUCGUACGACUCCAUAGUGACUGAGAUGAUGAUGAUGGGCUUCGAGAGGGAGCAGGUGGUGGACGCGCUCAGGGCCAGCUUCAACAACCCGGACCGGGCCAUGGAGUAUCUGCUCACGGGCAUCCCGGCCCGGGAGGAGGGAGAUGCCGUUCCAGCGGUCCCUCCUAUUGGUGCAGCUCCAGCCCCGGUGGCUCCAGCCGCUGUCAGCAGCCCUUCCAAUCCUGGCCCCACACCAAGCCCCGCAGCUGCUCCGGCCAACCCCCUGAGCUUCCUCAGAAACCAGCCACAGUUCCACACGAUGAGGGAGCUGAUCCAGCAGAACGCCUCCCUGCUGCCCGCGCUGCUGCAGGAGAUCGGCCGGGAGAACCCCGAGCUGCUGCAGGAAAUAAGUAACCAUCAGGAGCAGUUUAUACAAAUGCUAAACGAGCCGGUGACGGGUGAAGUAGCAUCAGCUGGAGGAGGUGGAGGAGGAGGAGGUGGUGGAGGUGGUGGAGGAGGAGUGCUGCCCUCCAACCCGUCUGGAGGAAACUACAUCCAGAUCACACCGCUGGAGAAGGAGGCCAUCGAGAGGCUAAAAGCCCUCGGGUUUCCAGAAGGACUCGUCAUUCAGGCCUACUUUGCUUGUGAGAAGAAUGAAAACCUGGCUGCCAACUUCCUUUUACAACAGAACUUUGGAGAUGAUUGAGACAUUUUUUUAACUUUUUUUUGUUAAUCUGUUCUUUGUUGAUUAGUUAUUAUGUCAUGAUAUGCGUAAUUGAUGAGUAAAGGGCCUUCCACAUUUUAUACAGCUUUUACUGAAAAAGAUUACUUGUUUUUCCUCUUUUCCUUUUUAGGACCACUGGAUUAUUUCAAACUGUUCAGUUAAAAAUGUUAGGAAUGAAGUAAAAUCACUUUGGUGCAUCACAAAUA